GCAGCAAAGGCACAUCAAAAUCAAAACACGGAAGUACCUCAGAUGGCAUAGUGAGCUAACGUCAAAAUGUGCUAAAACUACCUUUUUGGCGCCCUAACGUCGGCAUGGGUGGCUGAUAAACAGUAUGAUGUUACAUUAAGUAGGAAAUAACGAUUAUUUUAAACUACCAAUGUUUAAGAAUUCGUAUCAGCUGCUCCCUCAAAGGGACUCCAGCACUCCGGGUUUGUUUGUGGACUCUGACAGCUUCAAACGGGACAGCUACCACAAAGGCCUUUCGUUUGACUACAUCCCCAAUGUUACUGAAAACGACUUCACAGACACGUCCCAAGGAUGGCUGUCGUGGAUCUGCAACCUGGUUGUCAUCUCUCUCGUUUACAUCUGCACCUUUUUAACUUUUCCAAUAACAGGAUGGUUUGUACUGAAAACGGUGCCAAACUACCAGAGGAUAGUAGUAUUUCGUUUGGGUCGAAUAUGUCCUCCAAAAGGCCCCGGUAUUGUCCUUGUGCUGCCCCUCAUUGAUCAGUGGCAGAAAGUAGAUCUGCGCACUCGUGCUUUCAACAUCCCUCCUUGCCAGGUGACUACUCGGGAUGGUGGUGUGCUGUCAGUGGGAGCAGACAUCCAGUUUAGGAUCUGGAACCCUGUUUUGUCUGUGGUGUCAGUCCAGGAUCUGAAUGCCUCCACCAGGAUGACGGCACAGAAGGCUUUGACCCACAGCCUGGCCAAGAAGACUGUCAGGGAAAUUCAAACUGAGAGAGUGAAACUAGGGGAAUAUCUCGGGAUGGACAUAAAUGAGAUGACUCGUCCUUGGGGGCUGGAGGUGGAUAGGGUAGAACUUACCCUUGGUUCUCUACUGAAAGCCCCAGAGGAAGGCCUCUCUGGACCCCUCAUUAUGCCUCCCUCUGUACCUGGAAUUGAAGGCCUUGCUGGUCCCAUUCAGCAGUUGGCCAUGCACUUUCUGAGCCACGGUGCCAGUUCACAGCCUCAGCAGCAGGACAGCAUAACAUUUACAGAUGAGUUCAGCAGUGCCGCUGAGUCUGUCGCCGCUACACGGGGUUGUGUUGAAGAGCUGCUUAGUGAAGUCAAGCUGCUGCUCUCUGAAUCUUUGGUCCGACAGGUUGGAGCCUGUUUUCAGUUUGACAUCAGCUCAGGAGAUGGACAACAGCGCAGUUACUAUGUGGAUCUGAGCCAAGGUAGCGGCGCAGCUGGGGAAGGGUCUUUAUGUCAAGAGCCAGAUGUGACUCUGAGUAUGAGUGACUGUGACCUUCUGGCCAUGUUUCAGGGUGAACUGCGACCGAUUGCUGCUUAUACAAGUGGCAGACUUAAAGUCCAGGGAGACAUUAAAACGGCUAUGAAGCUGGAAGAACUCAUAAAGCUGCUUAAGAAACAUCAGCUAUAGAAAUUUUGAACUGUUUUUUGUUGAAUCCUUAAUUUUAACUAUAAACUGUGUUUUUCAUGUAUGCACUGACUGAACUUCUGUAGUGUUCAUUUUUCACAAAUUCAAAGUAAAUGGUUG